AAUUCACAAUUCAUAACUAAAGUAUUUUGGAUCCCUAAUUCUGAUUCAAUUAAUCAAAAUCUGGUGCAACAAUGGAAUACCGGCGGUUAAACAUCAGCGUACAAUCGGCGCAGGGCCUCAAGGACGUGAACCACUUCUCGAAGAUGUCCGUGUACGUGGAAGUCUCCAUCGCCGGGUACCCGCAAUCGCGGCAGCGCACCCCCGUGGAUAAGAACUCCGGCACCUCCCCUCAAUGGAACCACCGCAUGGAAUUCGUGGUGGACGAGCCCUACCUCACCAAGCCCGGCCUCUCCCUCCUCUUCCAGAUCCGAACUCGGAGCACCUUCGGCCCCGACAAGGACGUCGGCGCCGUCACCGUCCCCAUCCACGACCUCGACUCCUCCGCCGCCGCCGACCGAAUCGUCGAGUACCAGGUGAUCACCCCCUCCGGCAAGCCCAAGGGAACUCUGAAAUUCUCCUACAAAUUUGGGGAUAAAUUCAGGCACCAGCCGCAGCCCAAGCGCGUGGAAGAGCCGGUCACGGCGUAUCCCCCGCCGCCGCAGUAUGCCUACCCGCCCGCGCCCGCACAGCAUCCGGGGUACGGGUAUGGGGCUUAUCCGACUUCGAGUGGGUACGGGUACGGGUACCAGGCUGCCCCGGCGAUGGGGUACGGGUACACGCAGGCGCAGAGGCCGAAGAAGAAUAAGAUGGGAAUGGGGGGCGGAUUAGGGCUGGGAUUGGGGGCGGGACUGUUGGGAGGAUUGUUGGUGGGAGAGAUGGCGUCUGAUAUUGGGGAAUCGGCGGCCUAUGCAGAUGGCUAUGCUGAUGCCAUGGGCGAUAUGCCUGAUUUCGAUUUCUAAUACUUUGGGUUUUAUUUUUCUGCAUUUGAAGACUCAUGUUUUGCUGUCGUAGUAUAUUAUCAGAGAAUAAUGAUACAAUUUUCCGUGUA